CGAAUAUUGUCGUCUGCUUGUUUUUCUCAAUUUGUAUAAAUUCAGUAGCACAAGUCCAGUAUGAUCUAACUGCCUACUUGUGAAAACAUCUGAGGAGUGAGAAUUUAGAACUAGGAAUGUUUUGACAGCCGUCAGCUAUCAAUUUUGCGGUAUAAAUCAGUUUGUGAUUCAAUUAAUAAUACGGUACUGGUUGUAUAGUGGCAGCCUUACACAUUCUUUUGAGUAACUGACGGCAUCUUAAAUAAUAAUAUUUCUAAUAGAUAGUGAACGCAGUUUUAAAAGUUGUAGCUCAACAUGUCAAUUGGAGGGAAGGCAAUAUUGUACUCUUAUUGGAGAAGUUCUUGCUCGUGGCGAGUGCGGAUUGCAUUGAAUUUAAAAGAAAUACCGUAUGACAUAAAACCAGUGAGUCUGAUCAAAGCUGGGGGAGAGCAGCACAGCAAUGAGUUCCGAGAACUAAACCCAAUCGAGCAAGUACCAGUUCUGCAGAUAGAUGGAAACACCCUCAUUGAGUCUCUCAGUAUCAUGUAUUAUCUGGAAGAGACAAGACCGCAACGACCUCUACUGCCACAAGAUGUAGUGAAGAGAGCUAAGGUGAGAGAAAUCUGUGAGGUUAUAGCAUCAGGCAUCCAACCUCUGCAAAACCUGUUUGUUCUAAUACAGGUUGGGGAGGCAAAGAAGAUGGAGUGGGCCCAGCUCUUUAUAAAUAGAGGGUUUAGAGCGGUGGAGAAAUUAUUGACAUCAUCGGCAGGCAAAUUCUGUGUAGGAGACGAAUUGUCAAUAGCUGACUGUUGUCUGGUGCCGCAGGUAUUCAACGCAAGGAGAUUUGGUGUGGACCUGCGGCCAUAUCCAAUCAUCCUGCGUAUCGACAGAGAGUUGGAGAACCACCCAGCUUUCCUUGCCGCCCAUCCUUCCAGCCAACCCGACUGUCCUCCUGAGGCUACUAAAUGAAACGAAGCUGACAUCAUUAUGUACAAAUAUAUAUAGUGCACAAAAUAUUUUCCUUCAUUUAUAAACAAGUAUAAAUUGUGCAGUGAGGUGUGAUUCUCGAAAAGAAUUUGUUACAAGACUAAUUUAUAUAACACAGACAAAUGUGCACAAAAUAUAAAGAAAGUGUAAUAGUGAAGAAAAAUAUGUUUUUAUAAAAAAGUAAGUGCGAGGCACACAGCUAAUCUUUACAAAAAGUGCCAUGAUAAAAAAGUUAUAUUGUCUGUAAAAAGUCCUUGGUGAUCUAGUAAUGUACACAUUCCUCUAUGUAUACUAUUCUUAUUUGAAGACAUUUUUAUAUGUAACUAUACAAAGAAUUAGUAGAGUAAGGAACUUUAGAUUUUAGUAGUAGAGUGAAAUCUUCCAGGGUCAAGUUUUAAAUAUUUACAUUUAUUCUGACUACACCCGCCAAGUUUAGUGGUUACAACGGUAACUUACUUUUACUUUUCCACUGGCAGAAGUUAGUUCUUGUCUAUGUGAUAAUGCUCUCCUUGUCUGAUCACAAUGAAUGCAUUUAGUGGUAAUAUGGGCUCAAAUUAAUGGUUAGAGAAGUCAACAGUUAGCCUGCCUGCAGUAACUACCUAUUCUAAUGCUAAAGUGCUGAGCACCUUAGACGUUUCUAUAAUGGGAUCUCAAAAAGUAGGCCAAGUUGUUUAAAUAUAAUUGACUAAAAAAAUACUCAGGUGGUUUAAUAAUGCUGCUCCCAGUAUAAGCUCUGUUAAAAAUGAAAUAUACUCUCACAAGAAAGAAAUUCUGGAUAGGAUGUACAAAUUUUUAUCUGAACAAUGUCCUAUCCCAAUCACAUCAUUUCCUAAAAAAUGAUCUGUGAAAACGGCCUUGAUUUAAAGUUAAAACCAUAGAGAAACAAUUUAUUAUAUGCUUAUUUUAUACACAUUCAAAAUGUUACUCUAUGGUUUAAAGGAUUCUAUAAUUAUUCUUAAAGGAAAUGGAGUUUUGACAAUGGAGUCUGACUAAUGCAGAGUUUGCUUUAAAACAAAAUUUUGUCAGGAAAGAAACUUGAUUUGAAAUUUCAAGUACCAUCUUUUAUAGAUAGCAAUAUUUGUAAUUGUCAUGUAUAAUAUAGAAGUAAUUGUAAAUAUAAAGAAAAUUGCUUAUCUUGUUUUAGAUUGUUUAGUUAUAAAUUGUAUAAAAUAAAAACAUUCCACGAUGAAUUAGAUAUUAAGUGUUUAAUUUUGUAAUUAAAAUAUUUAUUUUGCAUUUUGGAUAUGGUUUUGUUAAUAUUAAAUUCUACUGUACAAAAAUACCAAAUAAUAUAAAUUUUUGGAAAGUCUAUUCUUUACACUUCAUCAUUCAAUUUUCACUUUACAAUACAGUAAAUUUUAGAGCUAAUGUAUAUAUGAUAGAGGAUGGACAAGAAAUAUUGCACUUCCAUCUCUUUCUGCUGAGAUUUUAUUUUUGACUAAUGCAAUAACAUUCAUUACUUCAUUAGUACUAGAACCAGGUCCCACCUCAUUAUCAUAACAUUUUUCAGUGACAUGCAAUGCCCAUACAAGAUCUUUGAUUAGAUUAAGUCGAUCUGGAACGUUGAUAAAAUGAUUGAUCACUUGACAUGUCCUGGCCAUACCACUAUUAUUUCUAACUUUCACUUUCGUUAUUGAACUUUUUUAACUACCUAUUAGAAAUUUACCACAACGUUUUGGAAGCAUUAUCUGAUCUAGAAAUUUGUUUGUCUGCAACUUUGCAGCAUGAAUGUGUUUCCUUAGAUGUGUUUUACAUAGUCAAUAAUGAAUGGUACCUGCAUGUGCAGUACACAUAAAACAAUGUGAUCUUGUAACAUACUGCUUCAUGGCCAAUAAAGUUGUGCAGUGAGUGUUUAGUUCUUUAACAGCAUUGAAAUAAUAAAAUAUACCUUGAACUAAAAUUGAUUGCAAUUUUAAAUACAAAAUUAUUCCAUUGAAGAUUUUGUUGGUUUUGUGCUGCACUAUAAAACUAAGUGUGCAUUUUUAUACUAUCAUAGAUCUAUACAACUGUUGUCUUCUUUUGAACUGACUUAUUUUAUUAACAGAAUACAAGGUAUGUUCAAAAAAGUAACUGGAAUUUUAAUUUUUUGAAAAUAAUAUAAAUUUAUUCGUCAGCAUUAAUGUUGUCAUCUUCAAAAUAGUCCCUAUUAAAUAUUGUUCACUUAUGUCAGUGCUUCUUCUAAUCCUUCUUCUAACACUUCUUAAACUUGAUGUUUGGGAUAUCCUUUAGCUCUUUCAGCAAUGCACUUAAGAAGCAGCAUCAUCUAUGUUUGUAAACAAUUGGUUCUCUUUAUUUUUUGGAAAUAAAAAAAGUAACAUGGAUUCAUGUAUGGAGAAUGGAGGCUGAGGCUGAAUACUGUUUUAGGCCAUAAAUUCACGAACAAGCAAUGAAAUGUGAGGAGGUGCAUUGUAAAUGCUGCAAAAGCCAUGAAUUGUUUUGCCACUUAUGCAGGGUUUUUUUGGCCUGUUUGACCUUCUGGCAAGAAUUCAUGAUGAACUAUGCCAUUAAAAUCGAAGAACACAGUGAGCAUAACCUUCACAUUUGACUUGCACUUGUCGAGUCUUUUACGAUCCCCAAUGUUUUGUUAUUUGUUAUAACAUGUUUCAGUAAUUCUGCAUCGUCAUUUAGUGAUCCUUAGCAACUUCCUUCCGUCACUGUUUUUGUUCCAACAUUUUUGAAUUGUUUUGUUUACGGAUAUGUUUUUGUUCAAAAUUCAACAAUUUUUGCUGCUACACAUUUUGUACUCAAAAAAUGUAUUGAUAUGCCAACAUCAUCAGCGACUUCUUUGAUCAUAAUACGGUGAUCGUUCAUAACCAUUUAGUACACUUUUAGAGCCCAGAGCAUUUGUCAUCUUCAAUGUCUUCACUGUGUCUUUGAAACAUUUAUACCAAUCAUAAACCCAUGUUUUACUCACAGCAGCCUCAACAUAGGCCUUUGUUAACAUUUCCCAAAUUUUAUUUCAUUUUCCACACAAAAUGUAAUACAAAUUUUUAAUCCAUUUUUUUAACAAACGAAUAUUGCUGAAUUUAUAAAACAUGUUUAACAUUAGCAGCUGGAAAUAAUAUUACACUUCAGGAGUAUGAGUAACAACGUAAUAACAAAAAUUUUUAUAAUCAGACUCUCCAAACCUGUGAAACUUAAAAUUUGUUAUUACUUUUUGAACACACCUUGUACAGUAAUUCUUUUUUAAACACGUGUAAAAUUUAUAAAUGUUUUACAAAUGGCCAAUUAAAUUAUGCUCUUUACAAAAAUUCUUUAAAUAGGCCUAUUAGAAUAAUAUGCAUAGUAUAAGUAUAGUUUUAAAUGUCUAGUUACGUGUUUAUAUAAAAAUGUAAUAAAAUUUCUGAAUUUUAUUUAA